GAGCUGCAGCUGCUGGUAACAUCUACUUACAGGAGUUAUGUCCACGCCUCGUAAAGAGAUACUCAGCUUUGGUGGCUUUAGCAUUGGACCUCCAGCAAGUACAACCAAACCCUCAAGUUCUAAUGGAUUGACAACACUCACAGCAGCUCCAAUUACUUCAGUCCAACCUGCUUUCGGCACAACAACUCUCACCAGAGAUGAUAACAGCGAAGUCACAAAUAGUUCAGAGACAAGGGAACCAAGACCUCAGUUCACAUUCUUGGCCAGGAAGGAGUGGUCAAAGGGGAGGACACCCAGGAAGAGUUCAGGAAAAAGCUGUCAGAAUGGACUGAAGUUGGAAUCUCCCUGGAGAAACAUGGACUGGACAGAAGAGCGAAAGACAAGCUUGAUGGAGGCAAUCACCUCCUACAGACGGAGCUGUGAGGAGGUGCCUCAGGCCCGGGUUCUCCUCCUGGGCCCGGUCAGUUCUGGAAAGUCGAGCUUCAUCAGUUCAGUCCAGUCUGUGUUUAACGGAAGAGUCACCAACCGGGCCAUGGUGGGCUCCUUCUCAUCCGGUUUUACCAAAAAGCUGCAGUCCUUCAACAUUCGGGGUAAGAAGGGUGAGGAUCAUACUGGGCUGGUGCUGUGUGAUACCAUGGGUAUGAGUGAAGACGGGAUGACCGGACUGACUCUUCAUGACAUCCUGUCAGUCGUUAAAGGCCAUGUUCCUGAAGGACACAAGUUUAGCCCAGACCAGCCAGUCUCCGCCUCAGAAACUGUGGGCUAUGUGAAGAGGCCGAGCCUUAAAGACAAAGUCCACUGUGUUGCCUUUGUGGUGGACGCCUCAAAAAUCACAACUUACCCCAAAGGCCUGAGCACCACAUUUAAACAGCUCAGAAAGCACAUCAGUGACCUGGGUGUUCACCAGGUGGCGCUGCUCACCCACGUGGACCAAGUUUGUUUGCAAACAGCCAAAGAUGUCACUGGUGUUUAUGAGAGCCGCACAAUUCAGGAUGUGUAUGCUGACCUGUAUUUCCAGGACAAUGCACCACAGAACAAAGAGCUCAAGACAGCCCUGGAUCUCUGA